AUGGACGGCGGCCGAGUGGAUGGCCCACGGCCCUCGUCUGACCUUGUUCCUACCUUUUUGUCAAGCAACGCACCUGGAUUCGGCACCCAAUCCCUCAGAUUGUCCUCGACCCGACGGGAGGGCAGUGGAAUUGUCGAGUACAGGGCCGAGGCGAAAGAGGAGGAGCAAGUUAGAGCUCAGGCCACGAGACAGGCCCGAGCUCAUAUGCAAGACUCGGAUGAAAUGAUACCGCAGGUGAAAACAAACACAUUCCUUCAGGAAUGGUUGGUCACCGAAGUCAAGCGCACCUAUGCUCGAUCGGCCUGGGGCGAAUCCAAAUGCGCAGCAGCGGUCAGCAGGAUGACCGGCCACGAACGCCUCAGCCACGAACAGUGGUAG